UCAUCUCCACCCUCCUCACCAACAUCUCCUCCCUCUGCAUCAUCAUCUCCUCCCUCUGCAUCAUCAUCUCCACCCUCCUCACCAACAUCUCCUCCCUCUGCAUCAUCAUCUCCUCCCUCUGCAUCAUCAUCUCCACCCUCUGCAUCAUCAUCUCCACCCUCCUCACCAACAUCUCCUCCCUCUGCACCAUCAUCUCCUCCCUCUGCAUCAUCAUCUCCUCCCUCUGCAUCAUCAUCUCCACCCUCUGCAUCAUCAUCUCUUCCCUCUGUAUCAUCAUCUCCACCCUCUGCAUCAUCAUCUCCACCCUCCUCACCAACAUCUCCACCCUCUGCACCAUCAUCUCCACCCUCUGCAUCAUCAUCUCCACCCUCUGCAUCAUCAUCUCCACCCUCCUCACCAACAUCUCCACCCUCUGCAUCAUCAUCUCCACCCUCCUCACCAACAUCUCCUCCCUCUGCACCAUCAUCUCCUCCCUCUGCAUCAUCAUCUCCACCCUCUGCAUCAUCAUCUCUUCCCUCUGUAUCAUCAUCUCCACCCUCUGCAUCAUCAUCUCCACCCUCCUCACCAACAUCUCCACCCUCUGCACCAUCAUCUCCACCCUCUGCAUCAUCAUCUCCACCCUCUGCAUCAUCAUCUCCACCCUCUGAACUGCAGCUUUGA